UGAAUGUGCCAGGGAGAAGUAAAGAUAACAUCAACUCGAGGAAGGACUUGAAAGAUAUAUGCAAGAGAAAAGAGUUGGAGUUGACACGUGAUGGUCACGCACCUGUGCCGAUAUUCAGACUCACAAAACCAGGUAAAACGGUCUUGUUUAAAUGGUUAAAAGAAGAGGUUAAAUUUCCUGAUGGAUAUGCAUCCAAAUUGGCGCGAUGUGUUGAUACUGAUUCAUUAAAACUUAUGGGAAUGAAGAGUCAUGAUUGCCAUGUAUUCAUGCAAAUACUUAUUCCUAUUGCAUUUGCGGAGCUAUUGAAACCGAGUGUCCACGGAGCGUUAUGCGGUAUCAGCACAUUUUUUCGAGAUAUAUGUGCAAGAUCUCUGAGAAUAAGUAAUGUAGAGGUUUUGAAAGGCAACAUUCCUGAGAUACUUUGCGCAUUGGAAAAGGUAUUUCCACCUUCAUUUUUUGAUGUGAUGGAACAUUUACCUAUUCAUUUACCAGAUGAGGCGUUAUACGGUGGUCCAGUACAGUUUAGAUGGAUGUAUCCAUUUGAGCGAUUUUUUUUCCAUCUGAAGAAGAAGGCUAAAAACAAAGCAGCAGUGGAAGGAUCUAUCGUCAAACAGUAUUUGUUAGAGGAGAUCUCCUACUUCAGUUCUUUCUAUUUUGAAUCUCAUAUUCAGACGAAGACAAGGAGGGCUAUCAACGAAGACGAUAGAAGUUAUCUCUACCACUAUGAUUCAUGUUUCGGACUUAUUCCCGAAAGUUUUCAGCCUACUGGACGCCUCGGAGGCAAAUCUGAAGAAUAUUGGUUAACUGUACAAGAGUACAAUCACAUCGCCACAUAUAUAUUGUUGAAUUGUGAAGAACUUAAGCCAUACGAAAGACUUUUUGACGAGGAUGUUUUGGCAACAUAUCCUAAUCUAAGUGGGGAGGAACUUGAAGGAAUGAAGGAACAACAUUAUGCAUCUUGGCUUCGAGACUACAUUCAGUCAUGCAGUGAUAAAAUUCCGGCAUGGAUCAGAGAUAUAUCACAUGGACCUGGAAGAAAAGUCAUUUGCUGGCCGAUAAUGUUCACCCGAGGAUACACGUUUCACACUUACGAUCAUGGAAAACAUAAAUCCACGUUCAAUUACGGAGUUUGUAUAAAAAGUGGAUCAUCGGAAGAUCCUGAUUUCUUUGGGGUUCUUCGGCAGAUUUUCCAACUCCAGUAUCCAGGAUUAGUCGGGUUGAAAACAAUCAUAUUCAGAUGUGACUGGUUUGAUACAACGUCGGGACGCGACUCACGGAAAAAUCGAUGGGGAGGUAUUGACAUAAACCCGAAACGUUCAUAUACAAAGUAUGAUCCUUUUAAACUUUCAGAUCAGGCAGACCAGGUAUGCUUCAUUCCAUAUCCGAAACAUUCUACGACAUCGGUGAAACGGCGACGGAAAGAUCAAUGGUCGGCUGUUUUGAAGAUUAACCCACGAAGAUUAAUCUUGGAUUCGUCGUCGACAACACAAGAUCUCGAUGAGCCAAUGCAAGAGCAACUCGAAGAUCCGGUUCUUCCCAUCCGACUAGAUGAUGAUUACGACGAGACACUUGCACUUCCUGACAUAGACGACGAGUUACUUGAUGAUUCGUUACACGUACAAGAUGAUAUAGACGAAUUCGUUUCGGACCAUGAUACAACUCCGGAUGAUGAAAGGAACUCAGACCAUUUCAAGAACAAGAGUUCCAAGGCGAAACAAAGUCGUCUGUCCCAAAAAAUCGAGGGUGAUGGGCCUCAUCGUCAUACCUCCGGUGCUAAAUCAUUCAAGAAGAGGCAAAAAGAGAUGGAGAAAGAAAUGGGGAGAACGCCAUCAAUCGUAGAGUUGGUCGCUCGGACACACAAAAAGUCUGAUGGGACAUAUGUCGAUCCCCGUGCAAAACGAGUUGUAAGCACGGUAACUCAGCGACUCACCCAACUCUCGCAAAAUGUUGGCGAUUCAGCGGGUUCUUCAUCCGGUCUCUCUGCAUCGGACCAAGAUCGUUGCUAUGUGGAGUCGGUCUCUCCAAAUAAGGGCUGCAUCUAUGGAUUGGGAGGAUUGCAGCGAGAUUUGUUCGAUGAUUUCGGUGCAGCAAUUCCUCCUGGCAUGCAGAGCGAUCUCGAACAACAACGGCGGAUCGAGACACUCGAGCAACAACUUGCGGCGACGAGGCAACAAGUGACUAACCUCGAACAAAUCGUUGAGCUUUUGCGGGGUGAUCGGCCACUCCACAAUACGCCGCCAAGCUCGGGAGCAGAAACGACGGCACGUAAUCUCGGGACUAGCGAACACGAAGAAACCCGUAGUGCCAAUUAA